UUACUUGAUAGAAUAAUGGCUUCCAGCAGAGACAAAGGUGUCACUGCUGAGAUGCAAAACCUCGUGCAACGUCGGAUUUAUCCUUUUCUCCUCAUGAUAGUGGUUUUGAUGGGGAUCUUGUCCUUCCAGGUCCGACAGUUCAAGCGCCUUUAUGAACAUAUUAAAAAUGACAAGUAUCUUGUUGGACAACGACUUGUGAAUUAUGAGCGAAAAUCCGGCAAACAAGGGACGUCACCGCCACCACCUCAGUCCUCACAAGAAUAAAAAUGGGUCACAUGGAGUUACUUGAUCUUCCCUUGCUUUGGUGUUCUUUUUCAUAGACUGGUCUUCAUUCUCUGAGUAUUUCCCCACAAUCCUCUUAGCAGGGUUUUUAUCUUUUAAGUUUUUGCUUCUGUUGUCAUGGUGUUCAGGUAGCUGUUGAGGCCAUGAAUCUUCUUAUCUGCGUUAUCUGAAAUGUACCAGUCCUGAGAGACCUGUAAAUGUGUAAAUAGCAACCCCCUGAUACCCUAAAUCCUUGGAUUGAAAAUGAAUGUUCAUUGUACAUCUUUCAAAGAAUAUUAAUUUAUUAAAUCUAAUUGUCACUUUAUUUUGGACUGCUGUUCCAUUGACAAAUGUGCCACAAUGCAGUACUGCAGACAGCAAGAUUCUUAACAGAAAGAAUGGAGUGCUUUUUUACAAUGGCUGUGGCUAUUCCAAGAAUAUACUUUUUGAAAAGUUCGGGGCUCACCAAGGACAAACAAGUGGAAUUGUUGUUACAGCCAGCAGUGAAGUGGCUGUCACAAGAUCUGUUUCUUGGGUUUUUUAAAUUAUUUUGUAAAACAUCAAAACAGUUGUAUAUUUCUGUUGCUUGGUAAUUUGUUUUCCACAUUUCUGAGUUUUUAAUAUUGCAUAGCAACUGGUAGAUCAAGACAAAUAUUUCUCCUUCAAACAAUUUUGACAUUGCGUGUACAGCUCUGUGGCUUUAAAUUCCUUGGCAUGAAAAGACAGUUCUAAUUAAUGUCAGAACACUACGUCAAAUUUCAUUAGGGCUAGGUGGAAGGACUAUUUAAAUCUUUCUAAUCACGAAAUUUGUGAGCGGAAUGAGUUCACAAUGUAUAAGACUGUUUCCUUUUUACCUAUGAAACUAGUUUAAAAGCUCACAGAGAAUUAUUUAUUCUAGAACACAGAAGUCAAGAAUGAGCUGACAAAUCUAUUCAAGAGCACAGAGAAAACAAAAUUCAAAUGUGAUGUGAAAGAUCCUCCCCUUCCCCUGAAGUUUCUGAAACUUUUACAACUUACAACCAAAGCUGUAAAAUCUGUAGACUUGUUUUGCCAUUCCACAUUAAAAGGAAGUAUCUGUAAUCCUGGAAAUGGUCACCAUUAAUUCUGCAUAGCAGUAAUGCUAAAGGCUUUUAUUGAAUCAGUAGGUUGUGAAAAAAGGACAUAUUUAGUAUUAACAACUGAAAGAGAAAACUAAAAGGAAACAUCAGUUAUCUUUUCGUUGAUAACACCAAGAGCCGCAAACAUCAAGUUUACUGAUUUUUGAUAUUUUCAUAUGUAUGUAGACCUCUUUCCCAUUCAUAGAAAUGUCAGUAGUUCUGAGUCACACAAAUGGGCAAUGCUAAAGCUUUAAGUAUAGUUCAGUUGUGUGCUGAAAACAUGUAAUAUCCUAUUCAGAAACUGAGAAUUUUCAAGUUUGUUGUGUUAAGAAAGUUUAAUGCUGUGAAGUUGCACAGCCAACGUGUCCCAAAUAUCAUGUAGUUAAUAAUGUAUUGAGUAGGAUCCCAAGGAGUUUGUCUGGCAUUUGUGCUUGAGAGAAAAAGCAUAGAAAUGUCGAGAGCUGUUUUGGUCCACAAUUUAGCUAAAAUUGAAUUUUGUUGGGGGAAAUUUGAGUCUAGAUACUUGACGAUCUAUUCUUAGUAUUCAGGGUUUCUUCUAUUAGAGGUGGGACUGUCUAACCAGAAGUCAGCAUUACCUCAUUUUUUGGCAUUCUGGGCUAGAAAUGUAUUGAUACUCUUGAGGUUUAUAAUUCAUGACAAAAUGCCCAAAAAACAUGUCUGACUCACUGAUUUGCAGAUUGUACAAUUUUUCGUUGCUCCGACCUCUCUCUUUUUAGAGAUGCAACUGUUAACACAAUUCAUUAUUGAUUAUGUUGUAUGUUUCAAUGCAAAAUAGUCUCUCCCACCUCCAUUGCAAUUUCUGGAAACAGGCAUUUCAGCU